AUGGCGGAGCCCCGCGAGCACCGAGUGCUCAACAUCAAUGUGGGUGUUCUCGGCCAUGUGGAUAGCGGCAAGACGAGUUUAGUCGCGGCGCUGUCAUCGACGCUGUCCACGGCGGCGCUCGACAAGCAUCCGCAGAGCCGCGAGCGCGGCAUCACGCUGGACCUCGGCUUCAGCGCGUUCGCCGCGCCGCUGCCGCGCCACCUGGCGCACCUGCCCUACAACGAGCUGCAGUUCACGCUGGUGGACUGCCCGGGCCACGCGUCCCUCAUCCGCACCAUCAUCGGGGGUGCCCGGAUCAUUGAUAUGAUGGUGCUGGUAGUGGACAUCACAAAGGGCCUCCAAGCGCAGACGGCCGAGUGCCUGGUGGUCGGAGAGAUGGCGGCGCAGCACUUGGUGGUUGCGCUCAACAAAACGGACCUCAUCCCAGAGCAAGAUCGCCCCAAAGCCAUCAAAAAGGCCCAGAAGCGCCUCGGCGCCGCCUUCGCCUCCACCCGCUUCGCGGGUGCCCCAAUGGUGCCCGUCUGCGCGCGCCCCGGCGCAUGCGCCGGCGCCGACGGCGCGGCGGCGGGCGGCGCCGCGGCGGGCGCGGAGGGCAUUGAGGAGCUCAAGGGGGCGCUGCUGGGGAUGGCUGCACCCCGCGCGGCGGCGGCGGGCGCGCCGCUGCUGUUUGCGGUCGACCACUGCUUCGCCAUCAGGGGGCAGGGCACGGUGCUCACCGGCACUGUGCUGCAGGGCGGCGUCAGCGUCAAUGACACCAUAGAGCUGCCAGCCCUCAAGAUCAGCCGCCAGGCACGCCGGCGCUACGCCCCGGCGCGGACAGGCGACCAACUGCGCGCAGCGUUGCAGCCGCUGAGGGGCCAAUGGACGCGCCGGCAAGGCGCCUGCUGCGGCCAGCUUGCAGUCAAGUCCAUCCAGAUGUUCAGGCGCCCCGCCCGCGCCGCCGCCCAGGGCGACCGUGCCGCGCUGCUCGUGACGCAGCUCGACCCAAAGCUCAUGGAGAGGGGGCUCGCCGCGGCGCCAGGCAGCGUGCCCGCGUUCUGCGGCGCGGUGGCGACGGUCGAGAAGGUCCGCUUUUUCGACGGCCCUGUUCCUGGGAAGGUCAAGUACCACGUCAACGUGGGCCACGAGACAGUGAUGGCAGAGGCCACGUUUUUCGGCCUGCCAGACGGCGGGGGCGGGACUCAGGAAGAUGCGCUUCAGCAGAUGAUCUCCAGCCUGGAGGCCAUGUCCCUGCAUCUUCCCCCAGCAGAGGCGUUUGACUGGGAGCAGGAGUACGCGUGGCAGGACCAGCUGUACGGUCUGGAGGGCAGACCCCAUAUUCAGGGCCAAAACGACCAGCAGCUGCUCCAAGCGGCUGCAGCGGAGGGCCCUCCAGCCGACGCGGCGGUGCACUUUGGGCCGCAGUGGGCGCUCCUGAAGUUUGACCAACCCCUGACGGCCCCCUCGGACUCUGCGGUCAUCGGGGCACGCCUGGACCUAGAUUCCCAGGGUGGGUCGUGCCGCCUGGCCUUUUACGGCCGCAUCGUGUCGCCGCUUGACACUGGGGACCCCUCGCAGCUGGCGCGGCUGCAGGUCUUCAAACCAAAGGAGAGGUGCGGCACGAUCGAGCGGAUCGCCCCCGACGGCUCCCACGCCAUCUGCCGCGGCCUGUUCAAGAAAGAGACCGAUGUCGGCCCAUUCAUGGGCGCUGCCGUGACCACCGCCCGCGGCGAGGCCGGCGCCGUGGAGGGGCGCUUCGGCACAAGUGGGAAGGUGCGGCUUGACUUCUCGGCGGCGCCGCUGGCGCCGGCUGGCGAGCGGGCGGCGCGCGACAACGCGGUGGCGCUGCGCUACAAGAAGUUUGUGUUUGCGGCGAAGGACGGCCGGCGGCGCAUACGGCAGUAG